AUGGCUUCCCAAGGUUAUUACGGCCAGCAGCAGCCCCAGUACCCCCCCGCAGGCGUGAGUCGACCUUACAUCUCCCUUCUGCUACCACAUUUCGCUCGCUUUUGUCGCAAUCUGCUCGAAGUUUCCUUCUCCGAUCAACAAGGACUGGCGCAUCGUUACCCUCCCCAGGGUGAAUAUUACCAGCAGGGUCCUCCCCAGGGCGGCUAUCCGCAGUACCAGCAGCCUCAGGGCCCUCCCCCUGGUCCCCAAUACGCUCCCCAGCAGCAGGACAACAACAAGGGUAAAAGUGGUGGUGGCCAGGGCUGCCUCGGUGCCUGUCUUGCAACUCUGUGCUGUUGCUUCGUGUGUGAGGAGGGUUGCGAGUGCUGUGCUGAGUGCAUCGAGUGCUGUGAGAUGUGCUAG